AUGUGCUUAGGACACACAACAGCGGCUCCAGGCACGGCCAGAGGACACAACACAGCGGCUCCAGGCACGACCAGAGGACACAACACAGCGGCUCCAGGGACGACCAGAGGACACAGCGGCUCCAGGCAAGACCAGAGGACACAUCAGAGCGGCUCCAGGCACGACCAGAGGACACAACACAGCGGCUCCAGGGACGACCAGAGGACACAGCGGCUCCAGGCAAGACCAGAGGACACAUCAGAGCGGCUCCAGGCACGGCCUGAGGACACACCACAGCGGCUCCGGGCACGACAAGAGGACACACCACAGUGGCUCCAGGCACGGCCAGAGGACACACCACAGAGGCUCCAGGGACGACCAGAGGACACACCACAGCGGCUCCAGGGACGACCAGAGGACACACCACAGAGGCUCCAGGGACGACCAGAGGACACACCACAGCGGCUCCAGGGACGACCAGAGGACACACCACAGAGGCUCCAGGCAUGA